AUGAGAGAAAAAUAUCCAUCAUUACAAUCAUCACGUAUGGUUGCUGCAAUUGAUCCAUAUUACAAUAAUUCGGUACAAAUGCUUCUGGCACCACAAUGUUGUAAUUCAAAUGGAUUAUAUGAUUAUGCAACGAUUAGCUAUGAUGAUCUUUGUAACUCAUCAUCCAAUUAUUAUCAUCAACCACAGCAAAAUCAAUACUAUUUCAAUUGCAUGACACCUGUAACAUUUGUACCAAAUCCUAACUUAUCCUCUACUACUAUUCGACCUGAAUUGGGAAAACUUCACUUUAGGCCACCACCUAAUUUUCCGCCGCCACCACCACCACCAUCACCUCCACCAAAACCUGCGUCAACUUCACUUCUCGCUACUCGUCAUUCGACCACACCAAUCUCAGCUGCUUCUAUCGUUCGGGUAUCAGAUGAUUCAGCAUAUAGCGAUAGUUCCGCAUCAACCUUACAAUGUCGUGGUGAAGUGACAGCAAAUCGAUCGGGAAUGUUGUUACGCAUGGAUUUAUCCAAAAAUCCACCCGUUUUCGUGCAAGGCCUAUAA